CUGGGGACAGUAUUUACAGACGGACUGCCCCGUGCGAGGAGUCCAUCAGCUAAUAAUCGCAUUUUAACGUUAAACUAAAUUAAAUAUUACAAUUCAACAAGUUUAAAAUGACUUGUACUUGGGUUAGGGGUUAGGGGUUAAUUAAUAGUAAAGUAACGAGUUUGUAUUUGCUACAACAUGGAGACGCCGUGUUUUGCUGCGCUUUCCUCUGAAAACUGACCGUUACUUUGGAAAACAGACAUAACAGAGACAAUGAUACUGACAGCUGGUCGCCUUUCCAAAGUGCUGCAGCUCACCCUGGCGGUCGUCAAACCGGACGCUGUGGCUCAUCCUCUGAUGUUAGAGGCUCUUCACCAAAGAAUCCUGGAGAACAACUUCGUCAUUGUUAGAUGCAAAGAUCUGGCGUGGAGGAGACAGGACUCGGAGAAGUUUUACGCUGAACAUUCAGGGAGAUUCUUCUAUCAAAGACUUGUUGAAUUCAUGUCAAGUGGGCCGAUGCGCGCGUACAUUUUAGCCAGAGAGGAUGCCAUUCGUCACUGGAGAGAACUGAUGGGACCUACCAAAGUGUUCAGAGCCAGAUACACCUCCCCUGCCUCCAUCAGGGCCCAGUUUGGACUCACGGACACACGAAACACAACUCAUGGCUCAGAUUCUGUUGAGUCGGCACAAAGAGAAAUCGGUUUCUUCUUCCCAGACUUCUGUGCGGACGAGUGGAUGGAGAAAGAAGAGCCAUUGUUCAGAUCUGGACAAAUCCAAUUUGACCAUCAAAAACAGAUCCACACGCUUUCGGCGCAAAGCUGAUCCCAGAGCUGCCACUGCGGUCACUGAUCUACAACAUGUUUAUACAUUGCUCAUGGAAAAGCUGCCAGAGCUGACGCUACACGCUUUAUGUAAUACUGUGAAAGUGCAUGUUUGUCAAUCACCUCAGCUCCUCAAAGUGCCAAUGUGCUCAUCCCAUGUCUGUGGUAUUAAAACAGAUUUUCCUUCCAUGCCAUGUGUUGGCAUUUAAAAUAAGGGCCAUGUGUAUGUUUUUGUUUUAUUUAUUGUCAUUAUAGAAAACACAAGUGACUAGAUAAGAAAACCAGACACUGCAUUGUACAAGACAACACGAUGUAGUCAGACAGUUUUACAUUAUCAUCACAAACUCCUGUCCAGACGUCCAGACAGUGCAGUCGUCGUUAUCAGUUUCCUGAGCCAUUCAGAUUGUAGCACAGCAGCAACUACCUGUUGUGUCCAUGUCAAAUGACGAAACAAUAAAAGUUUUAUGCUUUCUGAAUACUCAGUAAUGUUGCAUAACACUGUAAAAGAUACCUUUAGAUAUAUAUUUAUUCUCAAAAGCAUCUUAAAAUUAAGAUUCUACUUCACAGAAAUUUGAUUGUGCUAAAUAAUGAUGAAAACAGGCUGUCUGCUGUGAUAUAAUACGAGUUCUUCAUUUUGUUUUGGUCUAAGUACUGUAUGUACUCUAAAAUGUCAUAUUUUGUAUUUUCUCUUACCAAACUAGCAGUAACAGUGAAACGUUGUAACAGGCACCAUAGAAAUACAUCUUACAGCAUUAAAUAUAAUAUGGCCUAGUCAAAAAUGAGAAAAAUUUUAUGACAGUCUGAAUUUAAGUGUUCAGAAACUCCGGCAAAGUCACACAUCCUUCUUGUGCUCCCUCAGCCUUCAGAUCCAUCAAGUCUUCUCCACAAAAAAAUAUUCAGUUUACUUAUUUCACAGUCGUCGUUUUUCUUUGGCUUCUUCCAGUUUCCCCUGCUCUCAAGGGUUUUGUGCGGACACCUGUUUUAGAGACUCCACAGGUUUCAUAACCUCGUAGGUGGUGAGGGACUUCUUCACCUUCCCAUUCUUGUCCACCUGAUGGAUGCUCUGUGUCACUGUGAUGGUCACCUGCUUGGUCGACAUGCGAUUGUCCUGCCAUUUUGUCUGUUAAUGGUGAAGAACGACGGAUGAGACGUAGUAAAUAUGUGAUAUUAACACUUGUGUAAGGUUUGUUUAGAUUGCAGGCUGUGGCAUGAAAAGGGGACAUUUGUGCUAUGUAUUGUUUUUUAUUGUUUUGUCUGUAAUAUGUGAAAAUGCAUGUUAUAAUUUCCCACGGACCACGUUGAUGUUUUCAGAUGUUUGUUUUAUCCAGUGAACAGUUCAGAACCCAAAGAUAUUCAGCUUACUGUCAUGUAUGACCAAAAAAAGCAUCAAUAUUCUCACAUCUCAGAAAUGGAAACAUAAAAUAUUUAAACUCUUGCUUAAAAAAAUGAAUAAAACAAUUAUUUGAUUAUCAAAA